UCACUAAUGACGUGUGGUCAGGGGGCGUGGUUAGUGGCACACAGAAACCACUGCUCCGGUCCCGUAGAGUGACUUUAACACUGUGUAGAAACUGAUGCUGAAGACUUCUGCCGUUUUGUGCUGCUAGGAAAACCAUCACGCGCCACUUGUGGAACGCGUUACGUCACGGGUUUCCCGGGGCUCGCGAAUCUCAGGAAGCUCGAGCGCAGACUGAGAAUGAAGCACGAGCUGCUCACGGAGACCGAGCUGCGCGAGCCCGACGUGUUUACUCCACUGCAGUGAUGAACAGCUCUGAUGUGAACAGGACGGAGGAGUCUGUCUCCAACGUGACGCUGUUGCCGUACUACAUGCACUCAGCCGGAAUGGCACUCAGCUACGUGUUGUUGUACACACUUGUGUGUGUGGUGUGUGUUGGGGGCAACACUCUGGUGUGUGUGGUGGUCCUGACUAACAGGAACAUGCGCUCCGUCACCAACCUCUUCAUCCUCAACCUCGCCAUCAGUGACCUGCUGGUGGGCGUGGUCUGUGUGCCAAUCACACUGAUUGACAGUCUUAUCUCAGGUUGGCCGUUCAGUCAGACGACCUGCACCCUCAGUAACCUCAUCCAGGGAAUGUCUGUCUCUGCGUCCGUCUUCACACUCGUCGCUAUUGCAGUGGACAGAUAUACAGGCAUUGUUUAUCCAUUUCGCCACCGCUUGAGGCCUGUCACUGCCCUCUUUGCCAUCUUCUUUAUCUGGCUGCUGGCUUUUGCCAUCAUUUUCCCUUCAUCUGCAACGCUGACUGUGAUCCAGCUGGACAACACGUACAUGGUGCAUGAAAACAAGACGUAUCCGCUGUUUGUGUGCUAUGAGAAUUGGCCUCGCUCUGGCAUGAGGCGUAUCUAUACCACCGCCAUCUUUGUCCAUGUGUACCUCCUCCCCCUGGUGCUAAUCAGCAUCAUGUACGGCUGUAUCGCAUUUAAGCUGUCUGGAAAACUGCGCCAGAACAGCAGGCGUCUAAAAGUGAUAAAGAUGCUGAUCAUGGUGGCCGUGUUGUUCAUGGUGUUAUGGCUGCCGCUGUGGACGCUCAUGCUGUUGACGGACUAUCAGGAGCUGGAUGUCCAGCAGAUCGACUUCCUGAGCAGCUACAUGUUUCCUGUCGCACACUGGCUGGCAUUCUUCAACAGUGCCAUCAACCCAAUCAUCUACGGAUUCUUCAACGAGAAUUUCCAACGAGGUUUUCAGGCUGCUGUCUUCUGUCGAUGGUGUGAUUCGCCGCCUCUUGCCUUGCAUUGCAGAAGAUUUGCGAAUAAAGUCUCAAACAACGCUGGAGGACAGAACGAAGUGAGAUGUGCACCAAUUGCACAACUAAAUCCGGUUACAGCUGUCUCACUUGAAGACAUAAAGAAGCUGCCUGGGGUUAAGCAUGUAAACAGUGCCUGGGUGGAGUGAAUAAAAGACGGGUGAAGAGCUCUCCAUUUGCUCUUGGUUGAAUCCCCUUGGCCAUCUUAAGGACCGCUCCAAGUACACUGUGUUAGAUGAGGGAUCUCAUAUAAGCUGACACUAGCAUAGAAAUCAGGAGUACAACUUGGCGAGUACCAGUUGCAGAAGGCAGUCAAUCUAAUGCAGUUUCUUUUUUUAAAAAACAGCAAAAAUAUGGCAGAUCAAGCUUUUGUAAUGGUACGUAUCCACUUUGCCAAAUAGCAAAUUUCUGGUUACCAUGGGGCAGCAGCUAAACUUUACACAAAAAUGUCUGUCUGACACAUUGCGUUUAUUCGGUCAGUCAACUUCUGUUCAUUAGGAAGCAGAUCAAAUUUUAAGUUAAAAAAACCCAGGUUGAUUGCUAAUGUUAGCUAGGUUAGCGAAAUGUUAAUGUUAGGUUAGGUUAAUGUUAGCUUGGCCGACGAUGCGUCUACUUUUUGAUUAUUCCAUCAGUGAAGCUUUGAUAUGGCAGUCCAUUGUUUACUAAGACACAUUUUUAUAGAGACACAUCUUGUUCCAUAAGAAUGGCCCACCUAUAACCACACUAAUUAAAACAUCAUUAACACAGCUCUCAGUGAUGAGUAGAGGGUGGCAUGUGUCGAAAAUUGUAAAUGGAGGCAUAUCAUGAGUGUAAACAGG